AUGAAAAGUGCACGAGGUCGUGAGUCUACAUCUUUAAGUUUAAUAACGAAUGAAGAAACAGCUCCAGUUUCAUUUAAACCACAUAUCACCGAACGUUUAACAUCAUUAGAUCAUCCAAAGACAUCACUUGACCACGAAGUAUUCCAUACAUUACGAGAAUCAUACGACGAUCGUUCAUCUCCAACAGGUAGACCAAUCAGUUCUUCUAGUCUUGAUUAUGCACUUUGGCUCGAAGCUGGUAAAUACUCGCAUAAAUCCACAUAUGCCAAGAAUCUCGAUGGUAAACCACCAAUCAAUUAUAAUAUAUGGCGCAAUUAUCAUCAUUAUAAUUCUGAUGUCAAAAGUAGAGCUGAACGCCGAGCGAGUGCACAAACACGAUACACCGAACAAGCAGCAUUUAGAUAUCCAAUUACAAUCCCUGCUCCAUCGCAGUUAGGAGAGAAUCAUCUAAGGAAAUUUUUCGAAGCUAAUCGUCGUGAACUUUUUCAAAAUCAAUCUCGUUAUCGCAUGGCACUCGUUACAGCUGAUAAUGACGAUAGAUUACUACGCAUGCUAAGUCUCAAAAGUCAGCAAAGAAAUCCACCAAGACCGUCAGAUACUGCUGAACGAAGUGAAUCUACCAAUGCUCCACCGGUUCGUAAAUCUGUAACAUUUUCAGUCAAUCGAACUCGUCAAUCAUCAAAUCAAAAAUCUUUACAAAUUACACCACAGCAACCACCACGAUAUCGCUAUGGUAGUGGUAAAAAGUUUCUUUUAAAAGACAAUCACCCAUCAAUGGAAAAAUUCAAAUUCGAACAAGAAUUGAAAACAGCAAUUAGUUUUCAUCGUGAACUUAAACGCGCCAGAGCAGGCAGUGAGAAAAGCUUAUACGCUAAUCAACGACACGACGAAUGA